ACACAAGGCAAGGUCAAUCAGUCAAACCUUACGAGGAUCAAAUCAGUAAUCACGCUAAGUUCCCGGGGCCAAUACAAAAAGGCCUUCCACCCACCACCUUUUCUAAGUCAACCAUCUUUGACUUCUCUCUCCAUCUCUCAUCCACAAACAUUUAUCAACGCAACCAGCAUUUGGAAUUUCCAAUUCUUGCAUCUUCCCCAACACACAUCUUACAAACCCAAAACAAUUCUCAUCCACUCAAUUAUUCAACAUGCCUCCCAAAGCUGCUGACAAGAAGCCCGCCGCCUCUAAGGCUCCCGCAACCGCGCAGAAGGCUCCCGAGAAGAAGGAUGCCGGCAAGAAGACCGCGGCUACUGGCGACAAGAAGAAGCGUACCAAGGCGCGCAAGGAGACCUAUUCCUCCUACAUCUACAAGGUCCUGAAGCAGGUCCACCCCGACACCGGUAUCUCCAACCGUGCCAUGUCAAUCUUGAACUCGUUCGUGAACGACAUUUUCGAGCGAGUCGCCACCGAGGCAUCCAAGCUGGCUGCGUACAACAAGAAGUCCACCAUCUCGUCUCGAGAGAUCCAGACCUCAGUUCGCCUGAUCCUGCCCGGUGAGCUUGCCAAGCACGCCGUGUCUGAAGGCACCAAGGCAGUGACCAAGUACUCGUCAUCGACCAAAUAAGUGCUUGGUUUUCUGCGUCUGGUUUCUCUUUUGGGCAUGGGACUUCUCUUUUUCGCUUUGGCAUGAUGACGAGACUGCCAAAGCAUAUGGCAUGCAAGUCCUGAUACGGGAGUCUCAUAAUGCGUUACGGAUGGUUUGCUUUUUUAAGGGGUCAAUGUUCUCGCACAACACGGUAUGGGGUUUGCGGUUGUACACUACAUUUUCCCGAUAGGGCUACGGAAUGAAUCUGCAUAUGAACAAACAAACAAAAUGGCACCAAUAGUCGUGA